AUGCUGGGGAGAGAGCUCGGCCUUUCGACAAACAUAGAGAAAGGCCAGGUGGCUAAGCCUGAGAUCAGGUACCUCGGCCACGCGGCGGGGUCCGGCAAGCACGCGCCGGACCGGGCAAAACUGGCGGCCAUCGAGGGACUAUUGGUCCUUACUACUAAGCGGGAGCUGCGUAGCGCACUGUGGCUAUACGGGUACUAUAGGGACUGCAUAGCGAACUAUCCGGAGGUCGCAAAACCGUUCACCGACCUGACCGGUGGGAGGAUCCCGAACCGACUUCCCUGGACAGGUGCAGCUGACAGGGCCUUCGAGGCACUGAAGAGGGCGCUGUGCAACGCAGUGGCGCUGUACACGUCCGAUUAG